AUGUCCACUGCCCCGAGAACCGUGCGCGCCUACGCCUCCUUUGGCAAGGGUGAGGAGAUCAAGCCGUGGAAGUAUCAGUCGCGUCCGCUUGGCGCCGAGGACGUGGAGAUCAAAAUCUCGCACUGCGGUAUCUGCGGUUCUGACUUGCACACCGUCGACAGUGGUUGGGGGCCGUCCACGUACCCGUGCGUGGUGGGCCACGAGAUCAUCGGUGAAGUGACUCUGGCUGGUCCCGACGUGAAGGGGCUCAAGGUCGGCGACCGUGUCGGUGUUGGCGCUCAGGUCUCGGCGUGUCUGAACAAGGACCCGUCCGCUCCGUGCAAGGAGUGUGCUGGCGGUGACGACGCCUACUGCGCCCACAAGGUGUGGACCUACAACGACACGUACAAGAAUGACGGCGCCACAUCGUACGGUGGCUACGCUGACUACGUGCGUGUUCCGCAUGAAUACGCUUUUAAGAUCCCCGAUAACAUCCCGUCGGACGUUGCCGCUCCGCUACUUUGCGCCGGUGCGACAGUGUUCACGCCGUUGAAGGAGGCGGGCGUGCAACCUGGUAAGCGCGUUGGUAUCGUGGGUAUUGGCGGUCUGGGCCACCUCGGCAUCCAGUUCGCUAAGGCUUUGGGCGCUGACGCCGUCGUGGCCUUCUCCCGUUCGGCUAACAAGGAGAAGGAGGUGCGCGACCUUGGCGCGACCGAGUUCGUCGUGUACAGCGACGAAAAGCAGGCGGCAGCUGCUGCUGGGUCGGUGGAUGUGCUGCUCGUGUGCGCUAACGCCGACAACAUGCCGUACUCGCUGUUCCUGAGCUUCUUAGCCGUUCGUGGGCAGCUCAUUAUGGUGGGUCUACCGAACGAUGACGUCAAGUUCAACGCCUUUGGUGUUGUUGGGAAGGGUGCUAAGUUUGUGGGCAGCAACAUUGGCAGUAUCCAGGACAUCAAGGACAUGCUCGAGGUGGCGUCCAAGAAGAACGUGCGUGCUGUGAUCCAGAAGCUGCCGAUGAGCAGGGUGAACGAGGGCGUUAAGAUGGUGCGUGACGGCUCGGUGCGCUACCGUGUCGUGCUCGAAAACUAG